GUUUCAUUGUCACUGAAGAAAAUAUGAAGUUCGACGAUGUCCUCGUGCAUCUUGGAGAAUUUGGCUGGUAUCAAAAGAGAUUGUACUUUUUAGUGUGCAUACCAUCCAUGCUGAGUGCCUUGCAAUCUCUUUCAGUUAUAUUUCAGUUGGAUAUACCCAGCCACAGGUGCUCGCUGGGACCGAAUGACACCUAUCAGGUGCAGGAUGCGCAUCACUCUUACCUAUUCAACAUGUCCAUCCCCUGGGAGGCCGACAGAGACAAACAGGUGCUCUCCUCCUGCCAAAUAUACCAGCACCCUCAAAACGGCAGCCACUCCAACAACUCGACAACUCCGUGCAGCUCAUGGGUGUUUGAUCGCUCCACGUAUGAAUCAACGCUGACGGAAGAGUUCAACAUAGUGUGUGAAGACCGUGCUCUGCGGUCCCAUACAAACAUGGCGGGCUUCGCUGGACAACUGGUGGGGGCGUUUCUCAUGGGACUUCUGUCAGACAUAUUCGGUCGCCGCCCUCUGUUUUUAUUCAAUUUAAUUAUGGAGGCUGUUCUUGGUAUCGGUACUGCCUUCGCCCCGAACGUGUAUGCGUUUAUGGUGUUUAGAGCGCUGGGAAACAUGUGCAGGAUAGCUUCCUUCACCUGUGCGUUUGUCCUGGCCAUGGAGCUAACAGGACCAUCGAAGAGAGUGUUCGUCGGAAUUGUCAUAGAGAUAUACUGGUGCAUGGGGCUGUUUACCUUGGGUCUUAUCGCCUACUUUGUCCGACACUGGCAAACCCUACAGCUGAUCGCCGCUGCUCCAACAACCCUCUACUUCCUCUUUUACUGGAUAGUUCCCGAGUCUCCACGAUGGCUGAUAUCACGUGGUCGCAUACCGGAAGCCCAAGCAAUCAUACAGAAAGUGGCUUCAGUCAAUGGCGUGAAACUACCAGAAGGAGUUUUGGAGAAGGUAACAGUGGACGACCAGGAGAAGUCCGUGAGGGUGACGCAGAUGUUCACGACGCCGUACCUGCUGUUCAUCACACUCAUCAUCUUCUACAACUGGUUUGUGGCCAGUGUGGUUUACUACGGACUCGGCCUGAACGUUCAAAAUUUGAGCGGAGACAUCUACGUCAACUUCACCAUCGCCAACAUCGUGGAGCUUGCGUCGUACAUCAUGUGUGUUACACUCCUGAACCGUCUCGGCAGGAAGUUCCUUCAGUGUGGCUGUAUGCUCCUUGGCGGAAUUGCCUGUGUCACUACAAUGUUCCCGGUCAUUUAUGGAAACUCGUCACUAGACUGGGUGACAGUCGCGCUAUCCAUGGUCGGUAAGUUCGGAGCAUCUGGAGCGUUCGCCAUUGUGUUCGUAUACACAGCCGAGCUGUUCCCUACUGUAGUGCGAAACUCUGGAGUGGGGGUCAGCUCCUUCUUUGCCAGGAUCGGAGGGAUGGUCUCCCCUUACAUUGCAGAUUUGGGCGUACUAGUUGGCGGUGACCUGAAGGUGGCACUGCCUCUCAUCGUGUUCGGAGGUCUGUCCAUUGUCGCGGGUCUGCUGACACUUUUCCUGCCAGAGACGCUGAAAAGGAGACUUCCUGAAACCAUAGAGGACGCCAAGAACAUGCGAAAUUCAAGCAGAAAGGCGAACUACCCAAUGGGCCAAACCAGCCAGCAAUCAGACAUCUCCAGUGUUAAACUGGAAAAUUUCAAGUCUACAGCCCUAAACAAAUUUUAGAAAUGGCGAUUUGUUUUACAAUAUAAUAAUAACCAUUAUAAUCAGCAUGGGCCGCUCUGGGGGUGAAUUUCCAAGGAUCGCGUGUAAUACCUUUGGACGAAUAUGUUUAAAAGUGGUAUUACCACUGUUUCGAGUGGGGUUUGGCUUUGGUGUGGUUGAAUUUUAGAUAUGUCGUUUUCGACAGUAAUACGGUUUUUAGACAGACAGACAUUUAUUUAGUACUAAGGCCACGUGGUACAUGUUGAAAGUAAAGUUUCAUUUCCUUAUUUUCCUUUAUUUAGUUACGACAUAUAUAUGGUAUGCAAACGUGUUCUGUCAGAUUAUGUUAUGUUGUAGAGGAAUGUAACACGCUGACAUGUGCAGCACACGUGGGAAAUCUCCAUUCUGGACACCCCAUACCGUUUGUCCUUGUCUGUCUCCCAGACCCUUGAGAAUAAAUUAAGAACAAAAUUCAAAACUAGAAUGAUUUCGCAAGUCUAGAUUGCCUCAGCUCUGAGUUAAUCGUUGUGGGCUCUAUUUGGAUUUAUAUUUUAUAUUUUGUACAUAUGAAUAUGUUAGUGAGAUGACUUUAUUUCUGAGACAAGUUUUUAGUCAACGUUUGCCCUGGUAAUUGGGCAGGUUAUACACUGUUUGGGGUAGAAUUCCAGCCAUUUCAUAACAAUGUCACCAUGAAUAGACUUCACACAUUGUACCCUACCCAUAUGGAGAAUCUGUUCGUGUUCGCCCAAACGAGAAGACGCAUCAACCAUUAGACUAGUCAACAAUCUUGUUUGUCCAAGAGUUUCCUGGAAUUGUGAUGGUAGGGAGGGGUGGCCAGUGCUUCUUGUUUGUUACCCUCACCUAGGCUUUUGCUGAUAACCACCGGGUGUCUAUUCUAGACUUGAUCAUGUUCCCCCUUAACGUUAACAAAACGUAUAAGGGCCCAAAGAAUCUUUUUUACUGCUUAUCCGAAGUAUAUCAUAUUUCGAAAUAUUAAUGUAUAUUGUAUAUGUAUUUAUUCCAUGAUAGCGUAAUAAAA